AUGCGUCGCGCUCUCCAAGCAGUGCUCUCCCGCCGAGCGCUAAUAUUGCCUCAAUCAUCUUGCAAUCUCGAUCACCAUCAUUCCCAUCGUGUUCUGAACAGGCUUCUAUAUUCAACCUCACCGCAACUGCUCCCGCAGAAGCCCACCACGUUCAGCAUAGCCUAUCCCGCCCCUACGCAUGAUUCAGGCCCAAAUCUCGAAUACGAUGGACACUGGGUAAAAUUGAUCAAAGAAGUGGUUGGAGGACAAUCUACUUCAUUGUUUCCUGUCAAUUGCACUGGCUCAGUAGCCUACCGUACAUGUUACAAUGCAUGCGACUCCACUCGCUGGAAUCUAUUUAGACAGAGGUUUGAUACGCUAAUUCUGAAGAAGUGGGAAGCACAAGCAAAACACGGUGUGGAUCCAGAUGGCGCCAGGUUUUUGUGGAAGUUGUGGUGGUUUGAGGCGGAGGAGGGUGCAGAUAUGCUCACUUUGAACCGCAAGUUUGCAGAUGUUCCUGGUAUUGGAGAUAGCGAUCCACCUUACAACACGGACCCUGACUUGAACCCAACCCAUGCUUUUUUCCUCCUAGUCAACGAGGAGGUCAUUGCAUCCGUUCUGGAAGGACCAGCGAAAGGCGAAAUCCCAUUCGUCUAUGUUGUAGACACACGAUACUGGCCGCCAAAAGAUUGUGAAGAUGAGUACUAUGAGGAUGAGUAUUACAAGGGAUAUCUCAAAGUUGCCGUGGAAUUAUUCGGGGAAUUUUUGGUAUUGUGUAUCCAUGGGGGAUGUUGGGAUGGAGCAGCUGACACCUUCAGACCGUGUGAGCAAGGAUAUGUAUAG